UUUAAAUUUGAUAGUGCUGAUGACGAUCAGCAAAGAAAAUUUUAAAUUCAAACUAAUUUAAUUAAAAAAAAAAACAUUAUAAAAAAAGUUAGAGAGAAAGAAUUAUGUGGCACAUUACGCACCAGGCGUAUUUUUAAAAUAAAAAUCCAAAAAGUGAAAUGAAGAACUGCAAAAAGGAAGAAAGAAACCAAACCCUCUCCUGGGGUAGCUUUAAUAAUCAAAUCUAUUAAUGAAUGAGUGAGUGAAUGAAUAUCCACAUAACAACCCAGUUUGCUUUUGGUUCUUUGAAGCUUUUGUUCUUCUCAUACAGACAGGAUAGUGAAUGAGUGAGUGUCAGUGACAAGUAGUAUGAGUUUAGUGGUAAUUUUGAGAAUUGGGUUUGGUGAAUUGUAGUAAUUAAUGGGGUGUUGGAUAUCAAGGGAUUGUAUUGGACAAAUUCCAAAUUCUUCAUCGCCAGGGAAUUCUCGUUCUAAAGGAACAACUGGUAGUGGAAGAAGAGCUAAUUCUGAUUCUGAUGAAGAAGGAGAGAGUGAAGAUCAGUUCAAUCAAUUGAGUACAAACAAUGAUUCUGAAGUGGGUAUAACUAGAUUAUCGAGGGUGUCGUCGCAGUUUCUACCACCCGAUGGGUCUCGUACAGUUAAGGUUCCAUCAGAAAACUAUGACUUGAAGUAUUCAUACUUAUCGCAAAGAGGGUUCUACCCAGAAGCUUUAGACAAAGCAAAUCAAGACAGUUUCUGCAUUCACACGCCAUUUGGGACGAACCCGGAUGAUCAUUUCUUUGGUGUUUUCGAUGGGCAUGGGGAAUUUGGAGCUCAGUGUUCACAAUUUACAAAGAGAAAAGUAUGCGAAAAUCUGCUUAGAAAUGGGAGGUUUCAUAUGGAUGCUGUGGAGGCAUGUCAUUCUGCUUUCUUGGCCACAAAUACACAAUUGCAUGAAGAUACUAUAGAUGAUACCAUGAGUGGAACAACCGCGAUAACAAUUUUGGUACGGGGUAGAACAAUAUAUGUAGCAAAUGCAGGUGAUUCUAGGGCAGUUAUUGCGGAUACGAGAGGGAAAGAUAUUGUAGCUGUGGACUUGUCAAUUGAUCAGACUCCUUUUCGAACAGAUGAGCUUGAAAGGGUAAAGCUUUAUGGGGCUCGAGUUCUCACAUUGGAUCAGAUUGAAGGGCUUAAGAACCCGGAUAUCAAGUGUUGGGGAACGGAAGAAAGUGAUGAUGGGGAUCCUCCUAGAUUAUGGGUUCAAAAUGGCAUGUACCCUGGUACAGCCUUUACAAGGAGUAUUGGUGACUCUGUUGCUGAGUCUAUUGGGGUUGUAGCUACACCUGAGAUUGUUGUUUUGGAGCUCACACCAGAAAAUCCGUUCUUUGUGAUUGCUAGCGACGGGGUAUUCGAGUUUCUUUCCAGCCAAUCUGUCGUUGACAUGGUUGCAAAGUUUAAAGAUCCUCGUGAUGCUUGUGCUGCAAUUGUUGCUGAGUCUUAUCGACUUUGGCUGCAGUAUGAAACUCGUACUGAUGACAUUACAAUCAUAGUUGUGCAUAUAAAUGGGCUAACAGAUAAUAUUGUGGUUCAACCAGCAACACCAGAUGUUGCAGUUCGACCUCUGCCUCAGGUUGUAGAGAUGACCGGGUCUGAAUCACCUUCCACUGUAAAUUGGAAUUCAAGGAACCCGCGUGAAAGACAUGAGUUGUCACGAACCCGUCUCCGGGCAAUUGAAAGUUCCCUAGAGAAUGGACAAGUGUGGGUUCCUCCAUCACCAUUGCAUAGAAAAACAUGGGAAGAAGAAUCACAUAUUGAGCGGGCUUUGCGUGACCACUUCCUAUUUAAAAAGCUCACUGAUGCUCAGUGCCACGUUUUGUUGGAUUGCAUGCAAAGAGUUGAGUUCCAGCCUGGAGAUGUUGUAGUCCAACAGGGAGGAGAGGGAGACUGCUUUUUUAUUGUUGGGAGUGGUGAAUUCGAGGUCUUUGCAACUCAGGAAGAGAAAAAUGAGGAGGUGCCUAGAGUUCUUCAGCGUUACACGGCUGAAAAGUUGUCAUCCUUCGGGGAAUUGGCACUAAUGUAUAACAAACCACUACAGGCCUCCGUCCGUGCCGUGACAAAUGGAAUUCUCUGGGCUUUGAGGCGAGAAGACUUUCGAGGAAUCCUCAUGUCAGAAUUUUCGACUUUUUCAUCAUUGAAGUUGCUCAGAUCAGUGGAGCUUUUCUCAAGAUUAUCAAUCUUACAGCUAAGUCAAUUAGCAAAUUCCCUCUCCGAAGUUUCCUUUCCAAAUGGGCAGACAAUAAUAGAUAAGGUUGAGUGUCUUUCUGCGUUUUAUAUUAUUAAGAAGGGUCAGGUGAAGAUAACUUGUGGCAGUGACGUGAUAAAGAGUUCAAGUUUCGCCAGUCUUUUAUCUGAUAAUAUGAAACAAGAAAAUGACAGACUGAAUGAUGAAGAAUUCUCGGUGGAGAAGAAUGAAGGAAGCUAUUUCGGUGAAUGGGUGCUUCUCGAUGAAAAGGUCAUCUCCUUAUCUGCCACUGCUGUAGGUGAUGUUGUAUGUCUUGUAUUAACAAAAGAGAAGUUUGAAUCUGCUAUCGGACCAUUGGCGAAGUUAUCACAGAAUGACCGCAAGUCGAAGGAUUACACCUUGAGUUCUUCUAAGAAAUCUGCUAUUGAUAUUGAUCCUUCUGUUUUAGCUAAGGUUCAGCUCUCAGAUUUGGAAUGGCGAACAUGCACAUAUUCUACAGAUUGUGGCGAAAUUGGACUUGUACUUCUGAGAGGCUCAGGGCCAGAUACACUAUCAGAAAAUAUGCUGAGCUUAAAAAGGUUUCCAAAGCAAAGGAUCAAAGGGCUCGGGAAGGAAGCACAGGUCUUGAAAGAGAAAGAUUUGAUGAAGAGUUUGAGUUCAUCAAACUUUGUACCGCAAGUUCUAUGUACUUGUGCAGAUAAAAAACACGUAGGCAUAUUGCUAAACACAUGCUUGGCUUGCCCAUUGGCUUCCAUACUCCACAGCCCCUUAGACGAACCAUCAGCAAGAUUUUGUGCUGCUUCCGUCAUUCUGGCUUUACAAGAACUCCACCAGAAUGCUGUUCUCUACAGAGGGGUGUCUCCAGAUGUUCUUAUGUUUGACCAAAUAGGUCAUUUACAGGUAGUGGAUUUCAGAUUUGGAAAGAAGUUAUCGAGUGAGAGAACAUUCACAAUAUGUGGGAUGACCGACUCUUUAGCUCCAGAGAUUAUCCAGGGGAAGGGCCAUGGUCUCACUGCUGACUGGUGGGCGCUAGGAGUCUUAAUUUAUUUCAUGCUACAAGCGGAAAUGCCAUUUGGGUCGUGGAGGGAGAGUGAGCUCGAUACUUAUGCGAGGAUUGCUAAAGGACACUUCGCUAUUCCGCAGUCCGUCAGCCCUGAAGCUGUUGAUCUCAUUAACCAGUUACUUCAAGUUGAUGAAAAUUCAAGACUAGGAAGCCAAGGUCCUGAUUCGGUCAAAAAUCAUCCAUGGUUUGAAGGUGUUGACUGGAAAGGGAUUGCAGACCGUAAAUUUCCUGUUCCUCAUGAGAUUACAUCUCGUAUCUCUCAGUAUAUGGAACGUAAUUUGGAUGAUUGUUCUAAUCCAGUAUUUUCUCCAUCUCGAGACAUGGAAGAUGAUAACAGUGUUGAACUGUUUGAAGAUUGGUGAAUGACUUUCAGUAACUUGUAUCUCUGUCGCGGGUGUUGCCUGACUGAGAAAAGCAAAUGAACAUUAUGUACACUGGCUUCAUGAUUGAGCUGAUCCGGGUGCAACGUUGGAUCUUGGAUGGUUCCUAAUGUACCCGCCACUCGAAACAUCUGAAAUAAAUUUUUUUCUCAGCUCUAAAUUUUUUUCUUGUAAAUGCCUUUCAAGUAUGUGAGCUGCCGAUUCUUGUAUCUGUAAUAAGAUGUAAUUUUUCCUUUAAAGACACUUGAAAUUUGAAACUUCACAGAUGCAUAAUUUGAAGAGACAUUGGACAAUUUUUUUUUCUU